GAAAGCUGUCAGCUGACUGCGUCAAAGAAUAAACUGUCAUCACAUCACCCAUCAUCAUCACACAGUCAAUAUUCGAGAAAAAAAUAUUUUUGCGUAGCUGGCAGAACGAUUUCGAAUAAGCAAAAAAUAUUUUGUAAAAAGAAAUGUCGAUCGUAUUUUUCUACUGGUAGACUUCAACUAGCUAUUGCGAGAUUUUGUUGAAAUUUGCUUCGCUGGAAUAAGACAUAUUUUGGGAAGAAUGGAUGAUUUAUGGUUGAUAGAACUUGAAUCAGCUCUUUUGGAUGAUUGUACAGUCGAUGACAUCUACACAAUUUGUCAAGGUAAAGCCAUCCCAGAGUCGCUAAGGCCAGAUGUUUGGCAAGUUUGUCUCGAUGUAAGGAAUAAAAUAGACCAGCUGUCCCAGUUCAAUGAAAUAUUCGACUUGCCGUUCCAAGAAUUACUUCGACAAGAAUGUCAAAAUGUUGUAGACAAACUGGGAAAUGACGAGGAAGACAAAGUGGCAGUUGUUGCUGAUUUGGAAUCGAUUUUAACGUUCUACUGUAAAAAUAGAAACUUAGUAUACGAUGCUAAUAACGGAUGGAUUGAACUACUGCUGCCGUUGUUAUCGCUGAAGCUACCACGAUCGGAAAUCUACAACAUGUUUGAAGCGAUUCGGGACACAUAUGUUCCGAAAGGUUGUGUCAAAAGCGGAAAUGUGUUCCACAUUUUCCGAUUGUUACUACAGUACCACGAUCCAGAGCUGUGUUCCAUAUUAGACACGAAACGGGUAACUCCAGAUAUGUAUUCGAUGUGUUGGUUCCAAACGCUUUUUGCUUCGACUUGUACCCUUCCAGUCGUACUAGCUAUGUGGGAUCUGUAUCUGCAGCAAUCGGACCCAUUUUUAGUAUUCUUCCUGAGCUUAAUCGUCUUGAUUAAUGGCCGAGAACAGAUCCUUGAAAUGAAGAGUGCCUCGAAGGAUGAUUUGGUAAACUUUCUAGUCAAUAUGCCGUGCAACAUUGAAGCGGAUGAUGUUAUGGACUUCUGUUCCCUGGCGCAGUACUAUUCAAUGAAAACGCCCCUUUCGUUUAAACGCGACUUGCUGAAAGUUCUUUUUGGGGCUCAAAGCAGUGCUUCGGAUAAAAAUGUUGCCUCACAAGCACUUUGUCUCCCGGUUUCCGUUAACGAAUUAGUCGAGAAUGCCUCAAGCGAAAAUAUCCAUCCGGAUGCGGUAAGAUUCUUUCUAGUCGAUUGCCGACCAGCUGACCAGUAUAAUUCGGGCCAUCUCUCGACGGCUUUCCAUCUAGACAGCAAUCUAAUGCUGCAAGAACCGGUUGCUUUUCAAACUGCUGUCCAGGGCCUAUUAAGGUCACAAAAGAAUGCGAUUGAAGCUAAUUCAAAUGCCGGAGGAGAACAUCUAUGUUUCUUGGGAUCCGGUCGGCUUGAAGAAGAUCAGUACACCCACAUGGUAGUGGCUUCUUUCUUGCAAAAAAGUACCAAAUAUGUAUCAUUGCUCACAGGUGGGUACGAGGCAAUACACGAGUACUUUGGAGAUCACAUGAUCGAUUGUUUGGAAGACCAUGAUCCUUUGAAAUGUCUCGUGUGCAAUCAAGAUCAGGUCACGUACGGAAAACGUUUCAAUAACAACAGCGGCUCCGAUGGCAGCCUAAAGCGAACAGAAAAUCGACGGAAUAACAAUCACCCGGAACAGAUACCAGAACGGAAAUCUACCAUUGACUUAUUCAGUAAACUGUCUUUGGUUAUGAAAUCAAAAUCAGCCGAAGUAAAAGGAAAGUUAUUUGACUACAUUUCAAACCCGAAUCCGUCGGUGCCAGUAACAGAAAAACAUGUUUCUCGAAAUGAACGGAAUGGCAAACGGUACCGUAAUGUUCCUCCAGUGUUCAGUAUUGGCGAAGAACAAGACGAAGAUGACCUGGGGCCUUCAUCAUUCAACGAUUCGGUCAGCUCGCAAGCAGGAACACCGGAAACUCCUGAAGACGUUGUUUCUAUUCAAGCCUACUUGAAAGGGCCUGACGUCAUUCGUCAUUUCAAGUGCCAAGAAGUUCACACCAACGGUUACAUGUACGACAGCUUUCUACUAGUGACUGCUUCGCAUAUUAUUGUCCUACGGGAACUAGAUCGCAAGGACAAAGCACGAAUCACGGUCCGACGUGCACUACAUAGCAUCGUAAAAAUAACGGCCAAGAAACGGCACAGAGAUUUGAUCACCUUUAAGUACGGUUAUCCUGAAGAGGAAAAUCUUGUCAUUACCGAUAUGGACCGGUUUCUGAUUCCGAAUGCCAGCGAGGCGACCGAGCUCAUAUCAAAGCAUAUAAUCAAACAAACGUAGACACCUCACUUACAAAUUCUCGCAGUCCGACAACUGAGGGAUUGCUGUCCUAAAAGAGCGUACGUACUUUUCUUCCUGAUAGUCAACUUACACCAGAAGCUAAUUAAAAAAAAAGUUUUCGAUUUUAAUAAUGGAAUUUUAAACACAAGUUUUGGAAUAUCAAGUUGAUUAAAUUUUUGGCCGGAAUGCCUAAUUUAUAUUUCCGUUCUGUUUUUCCGUUCAACCUUUUUAUUAGUUUCGACAAACGUAUGUCCAGAGUUUUUAAACUUUGUAGUAAAUGCCACCUUACCUAGAUUUAUUUAAUAAAGUAUAUGAGAAGUAA